UAGGACUUCGUGUUUUUCUGACAUCAUCAUUGAUGCAAAAUGGCGUCCGACUCUGAGUUAAAGUACAUGUCUGGGUUUGGCAAUGAGUUUGCCACAGAGGAUCCCCGUUGCCCUGGAGCGCUGCCUGAAGGACAGAAUAACCCUCAGAAGUGCGCCUACGGCCUGUAUGCUGAACAGUUGUCUGGAACAGCCUUCACUGCACUCAGGGAGGGAAACCAACGCAGUUGGCUGUAUCGCAUUCGACCAUCAGUGUUGCAUGAACCCUUUUCGAAAACAGAACGAGGCAAUUUGACACACGACUGGGACAAUGUUGAACCAAACCCAAACCAGUUACGAUGGCAUCCUUUUGACAUCCCUCAAGAAAAAAUGGACUUUGUGCAGGGGUUGUCCACAGUGUGUGGUGCGGGGGAUCCCAAGUGCCGCAGUGGAGUGGCCAUCUACAUCUACGUCUGCAACAUGUCCAUGGGAGACAAGUGUUUCUACUCUUCGGACGGAGAUUUUCUCAUAGUUCCUCAACAGGGUGGUUUGUUCAUAACAACAGAGUUUGGACGUAUGAAGGUCGAUCCCAAUGAAAUCUGUGUGAUUCAGCGAGGUAUUCGAUUCAACGUGGCCGUGACAGGAGACACACGAGGCUACAUGUUGGAGGUGUUCGAUGACCACUUUGUGCUGCCAAACUUAGGACCGAUUGGAGCUAAUGGGCUUGCCAACCCCCGUGACUUCCUGACCCCUGUCGCCUGGUACGAGGACCGCGACGUGGAGGAGUUCACAGUGGUCAGCAAGUACCAUGGACACAUCUUCUCUGCUAAGCAGAAACAUUCACCGUUUGAUGUUGUAGCAUGGCAUGGAAACUACGCUCCCUACAAAUACGACUUGUCAAAGUUUAUGGUCAUCAAUGCGGUUGCUUAUGAUCAUGCUGAUCCCUCCAUCUUCACGGUGCUGACGUGCCCCUCCCUAAAACCUGGUACUGCCGUAGCCGACUUUGUCAUCUUCCCUCCCCGCUGGUCAGUACAGGAGCACACCUUCAGACCUCCCUACUAUCACAGGAACUGUAUGAGUGAGUUCAUGGGUCUUAUUUAUGGUGCAUAUGAAGCUAAGGAGGAGGGGUUCCGCCCCGGGGGAGCCAGUCUGCACAGCCUGAUGACACCACACGGACCUGAUGCUGAGUGCUUUGAAAAGACCUCCAAUGCUGAACUCAAACCUGAGAAAAUAGCCACUGGGACAAUGGCGUUCAUGUUUGAGUCAUCAUACAGUAUGGCUGUGACAGAAUGGGGAAACAAGAACAAAGUAGACCCCAAGUAUUAUCAGUGUUGGCAGACUCUACAGAAACACUUCAACUCAAACUGGAAACCUGAUGGUGAUGGGAAACAGCAGAAGACUUUCACUUUCUAGACAAACUCUAGACAUGUACAGUGGAGCCCCAAGUUCUUCCGGCAGCUAAGAGAGGGCCAACCUCGAGUAUUGCAUGUCAGAUCAAUCUGACUCAAUCAUCAUAUUUAUGUUCCUCAUAAAGUCAGAUCAGUCUGACCCUGUAGACAAGUGUGUUCUUGAUAAAGUCAGAUCAAUCCACUCUCUUUAAAAUCUGAUCUUAGUUCUCGCUACUGCUAAACAAAGAUCUGAAGACAUCCCAUUACAGGUCACGUCAGUAGGACCUGUCAUCUGACCAAUUCCUGAUUUAAAUGAGAUUGGAUCAAUCUGACUCUGUAGACAUGUGUGUUAUGGCUGAAGUCAGAUCAGUCGGACUGUAGAUGUGUGUUCUUGAUGAAGUCAGUUUAAUCUGACUUUGUAGACGUGGUGUGCUUAUUAAAGUCAGAUCUGUGUGACUCUGUGUUCUUGAUGAGUGUAAGUCCUGGGUUCAGGAUUUAUGUUGCACAGGUGAUGGCAUCCCAGUGGAGCUUUGCUACAACACCAUUUUGUUCUGACUUCUGAAGGGAUUGUACCAUGGAGAAAAGAUUCUCCAAGUGGCUCUAUCUGACCAGCAGUACUGGCAUUACAGGGAAGGUUACCUGUAGAACAUUAAGAGAUGUGUUAGGUAUGUGCUAACUAGUGCAUACCUAACACCGCUGCCAUAAAGUUGCCAGGUCAGAGUUCCAGUAGCUUUUUUUCUAUGACCUAUUUGAAUUGGCAUGUUUUGAUAAAGAAAUAUUUAUCUACACUUUGAAAUGUUUGUGGAUAUUUUUACAAGUGCUGUAUGUAUUUGUCAUUUUUAAAGAUGCCCCCUCAAACACGGGUGCACAAGAAUAGUUGUAACAUUAUGCUGCUGAUGUAAUUUAAUGGGAUGAAUGUGUUGAUAGUCAGCUAUCUAACAGUGCCAUGCAACAACUUGCAUUGAUGAUGUGAAACCUGAAACUGACACUUGACAGGACUAUGUUUACAUACAGCCACAAUAUGGACAACUGGAUACUUGGACUGACUGGGGAAAAUGGGUUCAGUGUUUGUGUGGUGAAACAGAUACUAGUAUUUAUCAAGUGUAGAUGUGAUGCUGCUAUGUUGUGCUCUGCUGGAAGUGGGUGUUGGGACAGGGUUACUUGGGUGCAGCUACUGUCAUUGCUGUGAUCGCUCAUGCAUGUUUGGGGUUGUAGUGUUGGAAUCUUACACCUUCAUAUAUUGCUUACCAUUUACAGGUACAGUGUGAACUUUGUUGGGGAUGGUGUUUGCUCAUGUUUGAUUUUGCUUGGGUGUAACAGAAGUAAUUAAUAUGAAAUUUCUGUUUCAAUGACUUUAUUAAUGAAACACAGGAAACAUCUACAGCUGUAGGUUUUGUUGUUUAUAAGGUGUCAGAAAUGGUUGGAUCAAUCUCAUUAAUAUCACUAUCACUAUCGCUAAACAAAAAUCUGAGGUCAACCCAUUACGGGUCAGGUCAGAACGACCUUUUAUCUGACCAAUCAAAGUGUCCCUUACCUGAUCAUGAAAGUGACAGUCGGAAUGCGUUUUCUAAUCAUGCAACCUCAAACGUUAACACAGGAUAUUCCGAACGACAGUUACGGUCCGUAUGACUGAUUCCAUCAAAUUUAUAGUCUAUCUCUCACUUCAAUGGGAUAAAACUUUGAACAGAAGAGGCGUUGCACAGUACGUGGGAAGUAGCUUAAAUGGAAGUCACCAGGUUGAAAUGAGUGCCGUAAAGCUCGAGAAAGCUGCUUUCUAACUGGCUGAUGUCGUCUUCUUGUUAGUCAUUUCAGUGGUUGGUCAAAGUUCGCGAAAGGUUGUUCUGACGUGACCCGUAAUGGGAUGUCCUCAGAUCUUUAUUUAGCGGCAACGAGAGCUUAGAUCUGAUUUUAAUGAGAUUGAGGUUGGAUCAGAGACUUGGCAAACUGGGAAACCAUAUACCAGGUCAACAAGACAUGUGAAUAUUUAACUCACAAAGAAAGUUACAUCUUCUCACUUUCAUCUGGCUCCUGUAGCAGGGUCUGGUUGACAUGUUGACAUUCACAAUGCACAGAUGAUCAGCAGUAGUGUGUUACAGGGUCUGGUUGACAUGUUGACAUUCACAAUGCACAGAUGAUCAGCAGUAGUGUGUUACAGGGUCUGUAUCUUAUGUGGAUGUCCGUAACCUUUCCAGUAAUACAUACAAGUUAUAUGUUUUCAAGAUAUAACAACACUCCAAUGUGGUUUUUAGAGUUAUGCAGUCAUAUAUAAUGCUAAUUGUCACGUGUAGGUUUGUGGAUGAUGUGUACAAUGCUUGGAAUGGAGGCUCCUUAUGAUACCCAAAUAUGUGUUUGCUAUGCAUGCAAAUUGAUAUAUUGUACAUAUCAAAAGGAUGUAUUACAGCUAUUAUUCAGAUCUCUUACAUCUGGAUUAACUAAGAAAUGAUAUAUUGCUGAUAGUUGUACAAACUUUAUCAGAUGGUGGACAUGCUUCCCUCUGUACAUGAAGCUACACAUCACAUGGUGGACAUGCUUCCCUCUGUAGAUGAAGCUACACAUCACAUGGUGGACAUGCUUCCCUCUGUACAUGAAGCUACACAUCACAUGGUGGAUAUGCUUCUCUCUGUACAUGAAGCUACACAUCAGAUGGUGGACAUGCUUCCCUCUGUACAUGAAGCUACACAUCACAUGGUGGACAUGCUUCCCUCUGUACAUGAAGCUACACAUCACAUGGUGGAUAUGCUUCCCUCUGUACAUGAAGCUACACAUCACAUGGUGGAUAUGCUUCCCUCUGUACAUGAAGCUACACAUCACAUGGUGGAUAUGCUUCCCUCUGUACAUGAAGCUACACAUCACAUGGUGGACAUGCUUCCCUCUGUACAUGAAGCUACACAUCACAUGGUGGAUAUGCUUCCCUCUGUACAUGAAGCUACACAUCACAUGGUGGACAUGCUUCCCUAUAUCAGAUGGACAUGCUUCCCUCCAUCAGAUGGUGGACAUGCUUCCCUCUGUACAUGAAGCUACACAUCACAUGGUGGACAUGCUUCCCUCCAUCAGAUGGACAUAUUUCCCUCCAUCAGAUGGUGGAUAUGCUUCCCUCUGUACAUGAAGCUACACAUCACAUGGUGGACAUGGUUCCCUCCAUCAGUUGGACAUGUUUCCCUCCAUCAGAUGUGGACAUGCUUCCCUCCAUCAGAUGGUAGAUAUGCUUCCCUCUGUACAUGAAGCUACACAUCACAUGGUGGACAUGCUUCCCUCCAUCAGAUGGUGGAUAUGCUUCCCUCUGUACAUGAAGCUACACAUCACAUGGUGGACAUGCUUCCCUCCAUCAGAUGGUGGAUAUGCUUCCCUCUGUACAUGAAGCUACACAUCAGAUGGUGGACAUGCUUCCCUCCAUCAGAUGGUGGAUAUGCUUCUCUCUGUACAUGAAGCUACACAUCAGAUGGUGGACAUGCUUCCCUCUGUACAUGAAGCUACACAUCAGAUGGUGGACAUGCUUCCCUCCAUCAGAUGGUAGAUAUGCUUCCCUCCAUCAGAUGGUAGAUAUGCUUCCCUCUGUACAUGAAGCUACACAUCACAUGGUGGACAUGCUUCCCUCCAUCAGAUGGUGGAUAUGCUUCCCUCUGUACAUGAAGCUACACAUCACAUGGUGGACAUGCUUCCCUCCAUCAGAUGGUGGAUAUGCUUCCCUCCAUCAGAUGGUGGAUAUGCUUCCCUCUGUACAUGAAGCUACACAUCAGAUGGUGGACAUGCUUCCCUCCAUCAAAUGGUGGAUAUGCUUCUCUCUGUACAUGAAGCUACACAUCAGAUGGUGGACAUGCUUCCCUCUGUACAUGAAGCUACACAUCAGAUGGUGGACAUGCUUCCCUUUGUAGAUGCAGCUACCCAUCAUAUGUUGGAUAUGCUUCCCUCCAUCAGAUGGUGGACAUGCUUCCCUCCAUCAGAUGGUGGAUAUGCUUCCCUCCAUCAGAUGGUGGACAUGUUUCCCUCCAUCAGAUGGUGGACAUGCUUCCCUUCAUCAGAUGGUGGAUAUGUUUCCCUCCAUCAGAUGGUGGACAUGCUUCCCUCCAUCAGAUGGUGGACAUGCUUCCCUCCAUCAGAUGGUGGACAUGCUUCCCUCCAUCAGAUGGUGGACAUACUUCCCUCCAUCAGAUGGUGGACAUGCUUCCCUCCAUCAGAUGGUGGACAUGCUUCCCUCCAUCAGAUGGUGGACAUGCUUCCCUCCAUCAGAUGGUGGACAUGCUUCCAUCUGUAGGUGAAGCUACACAUCAGAUGGACAUGCUUCCCUCCAUUAGAUAGUGGACAUGCUUCCCAGCUAUGUUCAUGUUCACUUGAGGUGCCCUCGUGAACUGACAGUUCCUAUUUGAUCCAGUAAUCCAUUAAUCCAGUAUGACAUGGCACUGUGUAGUGAAGGGGACAAAUGUGUUGCCAUGGUGUUAUCCUGUCUUACUUGCUAUUAAGGCCUGACCCAUUUCUGUUUUCAUUACAGAUGAGCAAAAAAGCUAUGGGGCAGGCCUGAUAGUGAGAGCAUGGUUUUAGUGCCAGACAAAUGCAGUUGUUGUUGGUGGUGCACAAAGCAAUAAUGUGAUAAUAUAAUACUCUAUUUGAUAGAUGUUAAUCUCAGCAUUAAGUGAUCGAGCAAUCAUAUUCAGUACUUUAGUCUCAUCAUACUGACCAGAUGUCACUCCACAUCGCUGUGUAAGAAUUAAGUGCCAUGUCUCUUAAGUGCUUCCACUCAAAGGGUCCCAUGUUAUGGUGUUAACAAGUGAAGCCAUGUUUCUCUCAAGUGCCUCUAAACUUGUGCGAUUGAGGGACUAAAUACUGAAAAUCUUUAGUUCAAUCAAUUACCUGACAAUCUGUGCCUUAUAUAUAUACACUGUUAUUAUUGAUACACAUUAGUGGUAUUUUUUAAAUGAUUGUUUUGGCGUUUUCUCAUAAGCUAUUUUGUUAUUCAAGAUGCAAAUAUAAAGAUCUGACAAUAAAGUCUUAAUCCUGGUAA